GAAGAAGAUGGGGCAGGGUAGCUGAUUUACAUGUGAGGCGGACGUCGGAUUGGCCGCUGGGAUUCUGAUUCUUCGUCGCUGCUGCUUGCUUCUGCCGGUGCUGUUGAUGUCUAUUGCUCGCCUGGUUCCGCCCGAGAGGAAGGUCUGGAAGGGACGGGAGCGGAGAGGGAAUACGAGGAAGAAAUCCGCUCGACUGGGGGAGUGGAGUGGUCGGGAUUGCAGGUUCCCUUCGUUCGUUUCUGUCCAAUCCAUUGCGAUCCGUUCGGGUUUAGUGCAACUAAAUUCAUGCUCUGCCGCUACUUUGUGAAAGCUGGGUGGUGCUAGACAGAGCCGGGCGCGAGCAAGGAAGGAGAGGAGCAGGGAGUUGGCGACAUGGCAGCUGUUGUAGCACGGGCAUCGGUGGCCCUGUGCAGCAGCAGCAGCAGCAGGAGGUGUAGCGCGGGAGACUCGAGCAGCGGUUUGGCAUCAAGUUCUCUCGCAGGUCCUUCUUCAGCUGCGCCAGGGCGAAAAUUGGGUAGCUCGGUCGAGAAUUUGUUGCUUUGUAAGAUAGUUCGGGGUGCUGGGAAGCAGAAAGUCGGUUCAAGGGUAGCGGCAGGUGUCGCAGCAGUAGGUGGUGUCCGUAGUGCAGGUGUUAAUGUACAGAAUGAAAAGAAUGGGAAACAGAGCACCCUGCAGGAAAAUGAAGACGCGAAGCUUUUGGAUUUGAAAGAGUGGAUGCACGCGAAGGGACUGCCGCAAUGCAAAGUGCAACUGUUAGAGAGGACCUGCUUCGGAAGUAACGGAAAGCCUAUUCACUACGUCGCUGCCAAUGAGGAUCUGCAGCCUGGCGAUGUCGCAUUGUCCGUGCCGCUACCUUUGGUGGUUAGUCUGGAAAGGGUCCUUGGAGACGAGACCUUAGCUGAGCUCUUGACAACGAAUAAGCUUUCAGAGCUAGCGUGCCUUGCACUAUACUUGAUGUACGAAAAGAAGCAGGGCAAAGAUUCUUUCUGGUAUCCCUACAUUCGUGAACUUGAUAGACAGAGAGGAAGAGGUCAGCUUUCAGUUCCGUCCCCACUUUUGUGGUCUCCCCAGGAGCUAAAUGAAUACUUCACGGGUAGCCCAAUGAAGAAAGUGGUGCUUGAAAGGCUUGAGGGAAUUAAACGAGAAUAUAAUGAGCUGGACACCGUUUGGUUCAUGGCCGGCUCGCUCUUCAAGCAAUAUCCGUUCGACAUUCCUACCGAAGCGUUUUCGUUUGAAAUAUUCAAGCAAGCUUUCGUCGCUGUCCAGUCUUGUGUCGUCCAUUUGCAGGGCGUAAGUCUAGCUCGACGAUUUUGCCUUGUCCCGCUUGGACCACCCCUGCUUGGAUACAAAAGCAACUGCAGGGCUAUGUUGAAAGCAGUUGGAGACGUUGUUCAACUGGAAGUAGAUCGUGCCUACAAAGCUGGAGAUCCUCUAGUUGUCUGGUGUGGACCCCAACCAAACUCGAGGUUGUUAUUGAACUACGGUUUUGUGGAUGAAGAUAAUCCCCAUGAUAGGCUGACGGUCGAGGCUGCGUUGGAAACCAAGGAUCCUUUGUAUCAAAACAAACGAAUCACAGUGCAAAAGCAUAAUUUGUCUACCAUUCAAACUUUUCAGAUAUUCAAAGGUAAGGAGCGAGAUGCCAUGCUUAGUAUGCUACCGUACUUGCGAUUAGCACACAUUUCAAAUCCCGAGGACAUGCAAGCUGUUGGAUCAGCCGAAGGGGCUAUCUGUGCUACCGCGGUGAGUCCGUGCAAUGAGAGGGCUGUAUUGGAUCAGCUGAAGGCUUAUUUUUCGAAGCGUUUGUCGGGUUAUUUAACAACCGUUGAGCAGGAUACCGUCGUGAUCGAAGAUGAGAAUGUCGAUCCCAAGAAGAGAGUAGCGACUAAGCUUCUACGUAUCGAGAAGGAGAUUUUGGGUAAUGCAUUGACAGUAGUUAAGGAGUUAAUAGAGCAACUGCCAAAUGGCACUGUUGCUCCGUGUAAUGGAUCAUAUAUCCCUAAACUAGUUUAAGCCUAUCUGCACUGUGACAUUGUUCCUUGAUAUUUUUGUGAUGUCUCAACCAGAUCUAAGUACUUUAGAGUCGAGCUCCUUUAGUCAAAGUUUUGUCUGGAUGCUGGUUGUAAAUAUUCACGGCCUGGCCAACUAAAAUGUAAUCAGAUCCUCCAUCAUAAUGUGCAUUCGCUUGUAUAAUAUGAUCACAAUUUGGAGCUGAAGGUUCCGUUCAUUCUCUGCUGUAAUAUUGAAGUAUGGGUAUUUGAGUACACUUUUGUGUACUCUUAUGUUUCCUUUUUUCAGACUAUCCAACUUAAUAUUCAAUAUUUUCCGAUUG